UUCCACCUCCGCCUGAUCUUCCACCUCUUAGCAGGAGGUGAGGAAAGGGGACGGAAGCACGCAGACCCGGUCGGAUCCACCGGCCCGCGGAACGGAUCGAGGCCACCGGCAUCCUCGGCUCGCGUCGCGUCGCGGCGGCGAGCUGGAAAUCCCCGGAUCGGUGCAGCUGCCCCCUGCCCCCGCCCGAUAACGCGGCGGGAGGGUGGUGGCCUGUCGAUCUCGCGGCGGGAGCUGGAUAACUACCUGCCGAUUUGGGGAUUUGGGUGUUUGGUGCGUGUGUGGUGGCGUGGAGUGGCCGGCGUGGGGUGGCGGAGCUAGGGUUUGGGUUUGGGCGUUCGGGAUGACGCGCCGGGUGCGGCGGCGGACGUGCAGGGAACGGGAGGGUAGAGGGGUGAGGGGCGCGUCGCGUGUUGUUUCGGCGGGGCCGGAAGGCGAGGAGGAUGCGGCGGCGGUGGAGGUUGACUGGAGGGCGCUGCCGGACGACACGGUGCUGCAGCUCUUCGCGCGGCUGAACUACCGCGACCGCGCCAACAUGGCGUCAGCGUGCCGGGCUUGGCGAGCGCUGGGCUCGUCACCCUGCCUGUGGAGCACGCUCGACCUCCGCGCGCACCGCUACGACCGGGAGGUGGCGUCGUCGCUUGCCUCGCGGUGCGGGAGCCUGCGUCGGCUACGCCUGCGGGGCCACGAGGCGGCAGAGGCCGUCCCGGGCCUCCGCGCGCGUGGUCUCCGCGAGGUGGUGGCCGAUGGCUGCCGCGGCCUCACAGAUGCUACGCUCGCUGUCCUCGCCGCGCGGCACGAGGACCUCCAGAGCCUCCAGAUCGGGCCCGAUCCUCUCGAGCACAUCUCCAGCGAUGCCCUCCGCCACGUCGCUCUUUGUUGCUCGCAACUCCGCCGCCUUCGCCUCUCGGGUCUCCGUGAAGCUGACGCAGAUGCCGUCGGAGCGCUCGCCCGCUGCUGCCCCCUCCUCGAGGACGUGGCUUUCCUCGAUUGCGGCACCGUGGAUGAGGCCGCCCUUGCUGGUAUCCACUCUCUCCGGUUCCUCUCUGUAGCAGGAUGCCGGAGCCUGAAAUGGGCUACUGCAUCCACCUCCUGGACCCAGCUUCCCUCCCUUAUUGCCCUUGACGUCUCCCGCACUGAUGUUCCGCCAAGUGCUGUUUCACGCCUCAUUUCCCAUGCCAAAACCCUCAAGCUUAUAUGCACGCUGAACUGCAUUUCUGUUGAGGAGGAACAGCUUCACAAUCCUGCUGUAUUUAGUAACUCUAAGGGCAAGGUCGUGCUAACAAUCAACAGCGACUUCAAAACUUUUGAGACCAUGUUUCCAGUUGUGGAUGUGAAAGCGCACGAGGUUUUCAAUCAAUGUAGCUGGAGUCACAAAGACAAGAUAGCUGGUGAUACAAUGACAUGGCUCGAGUGGAUCCUGUCACAGUCACUUCUCCGAAUUGCAGAGUCCAACCCACAAGGCAUGGAUAGUUUCUGGCUACAGAAGGGCACUGCACUGCUGCUUAGACUAUUGAAGAGUUUGCAGGAGGAUGUGCAGGAGCGGGCAGCUACUGCACUUGCUACGUUUGUAGUUAUGGAUGACGAGAGUGCAAAUGUGGAUCCUGCAAGGUCGGAGGCGGUGAUGCAGAAUGGGGGCAUCCGAAUGUUGCUGGACCUUGCAAGGUGCUCUAGGGAGAGCGCACAAUCUGAAGCAGCAAAAGCUAUUGCCAACUUGUCAGUGAAUACCAAGGUUGCCAAGGCAGUUGCAGAGGAAGGCGGCAUUACAAUACUCACUAAUUUAGCCAAGUCGAUGAAUAGGCUUGUUGCUGAAGAGGCUGCUGGUGGCCUUUGGAAUCUCUCUGUAGGCGAGGACCAUAAGGCGGCUAUUGCAGUAUCUGGUGGUAUCAAGGCCCUGGUCGAUCUAAUAUUUCGUUGGCCUGCUGGAACUGAUGGAGUUCUUGAACGUGCUGCUGGCGCGCUUGCAAACCUGGCUGCUGAUGACAAGUGUAGCUUGGAAGUUGCAAAGGCUGGUGGUGUCCAUGCUUUGGUUACACUUGCUCGAUCAUGUAAACUUGAUGGUGUCCUAGAACAGGCUGCAAGAGGUCUGGCUAACUUAGCUGCACAUGGGGACAACAACGACAACAAUGCUGCUGUAGGUCAGGAAGCAGGGGCUCUGGAGGCACUAGUGCAACUAACAGGUUCUCAAAACGAGGGUGUAAGACAAGAAGCUGCUGGUGCUUUGUGGAACCUGUCAUUUGAUGACAGAAACCGUGAAGCCAUUGCUGCAGUGGGUGGUGUUGAAGCUUUGGUUGCUCUAGUGCAACAAUGUUUGAAUGCUUCAGAAGGCCUUCAGGAGAGAGCUGCUGGUGCAUUAUGGGGAUUAUCUGUUUCAGAAGCUAAUAGCAUUGCAAUUGGGCAGGGUGGUGGGGUUGCACCUUUGCUCACAUUGGCACGCUCAGAGGUUGAAGAUGUUCACGAGACAGCUGCAGGGGCACUAUGGAAUCUUGCUUUUUAUUAUGGUAAUGCUCUCCGCAUAGUCGAAGAAGGUGGGGUGCCUGUUCUUGUAAAAAUUUGCUCAUCAUCAGGGUCCAAGAUGGCACGCUUCAUGUCUGCACUAGCACUAGCAUAUAUGUUUGACGGAAGAAUGGAUGAAGUUGCUUUGGUUGGAGCAUCCUCGGAUAGCAGUUCCAAGAGUGUUAAUGUUGAGGGAGCUAGAAGAAUAGCAUUUAAGCAUAUAGAAACCUUUGUGCUUACUUUCUCAGAUCCACAAAUGUUCUCUAUGGCUGCUGCCUCAUCAGCCCCGGCAGCGCUGUCUCAUGUUGCUGAAGCAGUGUUUAUACACGAAGCUGGGCACCUGAGAUGCAGUCGAUCUGAGAUUGGUAGAUUUGUUGCCAUGCUUCGGAAUCCUUCACCAAUUCUGCGUGCUUGUGCUGCCUUUGCCCUUCUUCAGUUCACAAUCCCAGGAGGUCGGCAUGCGGUGCAUCACGCAGGUCUCUUGCAGGAAGCAGGAGCAGGUCGAGUGUUGCGUGCAGCGGCGGCAGCGACAACAGCUUCUAUUGAAGCCAAAAUUUUUGCCAGGAUUGUCCUCAGGAACUUGGAGCACCAUCAGUCAGGGACGUCAACAUGAACACCCAGCAUAGGUGCAUCCUCCAACAAACUAAGGCCUCUGCAUCGAUGGGCUGCUUGGCCAAUGCAGAAUGUACCAGUUUGGCUUUCGGGGCCUUUUUACAUCACAACAGUUUUGGUCCGUGCAGACAGUGACUGAAGGAACUCCAGCGAAGGUAUAACUCACAACUGUGAAGUGACUAAACAUAAGUGGCAGCUCUUCCCGUAUCGGACGUUUAAGGUUGAGUUGAAUUUUCUAGAGAUCAUUUGUGUGUACAAGUAAAAAAAAUAGCGUCGAUGAGAAUUAUAAACUGGCAUAUAGAACUUAUGGAUAUUUAUUACUUGUUUGUUAUUGUUGAGGUGUGUGGCGGCGUCAUGUAGAAAUUGGGGUAUUCCUCCCAGCAUACAUGUAACUUUAUAAAUGUACUGUUAUGUAUUUCCUCUCCAUGAUUCAUUCUUUGCA